GAGGUAGGUACAAGAGAAAGAAAAAGGAGUGAGAAAUGGAGAACUUCCCCGUUAUCAACUUGGAGAAUCUCAAUGGCGAGGAGAGGAAGGCUAUCCUCGAGAAAAUUAAAGAUGCUUGCGAGAACUGGGGAUUUUUUGAGUUGGUGAAUCAUGGAAUACCCCAUGAACUUUUGGAUACAGUGGAAAGGUUAACAAAAGAGCAUUAUAAAAAAUGCAUGGAGCAGAGGUUCAAAGAGGUAGUGGCAUGCAAAGGCUUAGAGGGUGUCCAAGCAGAAGUUAAGGACAUGGACUGGGAGAGCACCUUCUUCUUGCGCCAUCUCCCAGAGUCCAAUAUCUCUGAAAUCCCUGAUCUCAGUGAAGAGUACAGGUGGGCAAUGAAGGAAUUUGCAGAGAGAUUAGAGAAACUUGCAGAGGAGCUGCUAGACAUGUUAUGUGAAAAUCUUGGAUUAGAGAAAGGAUACCUCAAGAAAGCCUUUUGUGGAUCGCAGGGUCCAAGUUUUGGCACAAAGGUUGCAAACUACCCUGCGUGCCCGAAACCAGAGCUGGUGAAGGGUCUUCGUGCCCAUACGGAUGCGGGUGGGAUUAUCCUUCUCUUGCAAGAUGACAAGGUCUGUGGCCUGCAGCUUCUCAAAGAUGGCCACUGGGUGGAUGUGCCCCCAAUGCGCCAUUCCAUUGUUGUUAACCUUGGUGACCAGCUUGAGGUAAUUACCAAUGGGAAAUACAAGAGUGUGGAGCAUCGUGUGAUUGCUCAAACUGAUGGGACAAGAAUGUCCGUAGCCUCAUUCUACAACCCUGGUAGUGAUGCUGUUAUCUACCCUGCACCAGCAUUGUUGGAGGGAAAGGCAGAGGAGAUAGACCGAGUAUACCCAAAAUUUGUGUUUGAGGAUUACAUGAAGCUCUAUGCUACGCUGAAGUUCCAAGCAAAGGAGCCAAGAUUUCAAGCAAUCAAGGCAGUGAACUCAUACUAG